AUUCUUUGUGUACCUUUUCACAUAAUAGUAAAACAGAUUGUGGUUUUUAUGGAGUGAGUGGUGUUAUUCUGUCAAUCUAAUGACGUUAAAUACGUAAAUGUGUGAAAUUCAGGAUUAUUCUAUUGAGCAAAAGGAUAUUUAUUUGAAUAAAUAUUCGGUGUGCUCAGACAUGGAUUUGUACAUCACCGACUCACUCCAGGACAUGCUGGAUAUGGACAUCAAAAAUGAAAUAGCUACAGAUUUAAGUAGCAUCACAGACUUUUCAGAUUCAUUAGGUUUAAAUUUUGCCGAAAUGCCUCCAUUACUGGACAUGGACACAGAUAAUUCCUCAACAUGGCUCAAUAAUACAUCUAGUUUUGUACACAACCUAGAUUUAUAUGGCUCUGAAGCCAAUGCAGUUAUGGUCAAUCCUAACUCUGUGAUGCCAUCUUCAUUUGCGGAAACUCCUGUGAAAAGUAUUGUGAAAGAAGAGGCUUCGAAUUUAUUACUAACGUCAGCCGCUAAUACUGACCUAAAUAGUAGCACGUCACUGCCAAGUCCUAAAGAAGAAAAGAGCCAUUUAACAUUUUCUCCAAACACCAUAAAGGUCCCAAAGCCCGAGCCAGAAGAACCUGCCCCCAAAAAAUUGGAAGAAGCUACGCAGAUGGUAAUUUAUGUUAGAAAGCAAGAGAAAAAUGUUGUUAAGGAUUUAUUAAAAGAUCUGGAUAAAAGCAAACUGAAUUCCACAAUUCCAACCACAGUGAGAAUCAAGACCACGCCAACCGAAGUCCUAAAAGUUAAUAACAAAAAUUGUUCCAUUUUAAACUCAAGCCAAAAAAUUACGCAACAAAUAGGUGCUAAGACAAUAAUAUCUGGUAAUAUACACAUAUUGGAUGCUCAACAAUCUAGAACAAUUUUAGCGAAUAGUAACAAAAAUCAAGCGACGACAAUAUUGAUCGAUAACUCUUCAUUAAAUAGUAAUAAACAAAUUUUCAAAACAGCCGUUAGUGGAGCGUUUGCAUUAGAUACUAGCCAAGCUAAAUAUGUGAAUAGUAAUAAUAGCAAAACAGCAGUCCUGGGUGAAUUUCCUAAGCCUGCUUAUUCAUACUCGUGUUUAAUAGCCAUGGCGCUGAAAAACUCGAGGACAGGAAGCUUACCAGUAUCGGAAAUUUAUAAUUUUAUGUGUCAACACUUUCCGUAUUUCAAAACUGCACCAAAUGGAUGGAAAAAUUCAGUUAGGCACAAUUUAAGUCUAAAUAAAUGUUUCGAAAAAAUAGAAAAGCCAUCCCAAAAUGGAAGUCAAAGAAAGGGUUGCUUAUGGGCCAUGAAUCCAUCAAAAGUUGGUAAAAUGGACGAAGAAGUGCAAAAGUGGUCUAGAAAAGAUCCACAAGCUAUUAAAAAGGCAAUGGUUUAUCCAGAAAGUUUAGAAGCUCUGGAACGCGGCGAGAUGAAGUACAGCGGCGCAGGCGGCGACACAGACCCUGACGACGACGCGGACGUGGACGCGGACGCGGACGACGCAGACGUCGAGAUCGACCCCGAGGUCAAGGAGGUCGAGGAGGAGGAAACAAUUGUGGAACAGGAGGUGUCAGACCAAGAGCUGGAAGUGGAGGAAGUAGUGGAGGGUACGGGCAUGGUGGGGGGCAGCUACCGGCUGCUGGCCAGCGGGCCCUCCGCGCUCACCUCCUACAUCACCGACCCCGACUCCGGGGAGGAGCUCAGUGACGUCGAGAUUCUAGACCGAUCGUAUGAAGAAAUAGAUUUCGAUAUGGCUAAACCCAUGAAGCUGGAUCUAUCGGUUUCAGAAAACUACACAAUACAUCCAGCGAAGCGAGCCAAAACAAGCUUCGUGUAUCAGCCUGUGGCGGCGCAGACGCACACCAGCAGGAGAAAAACACCACUCGUCAACAGAGUCGCACUAAUAUAAACUGAUAAAUAAGUACAUGACGAGUAUCGAUCAAGUAGGACACAAGUUCACAUGUGUCCUACUGUAUCCAUCUACCCGUCACACUUAUUCUAAAAAUUGUGAUCAUACUUUAAUGGGGUCAAUGAUAAUACAAAAUUGUGUUUCUCCAGUGAUUGUUCCAUUUCAAAUUUAGCAGUAGAAGGAAAGUGAAUUGUAAUAAUUUAGCUGUGAAAUUGUGUGCAUGUUCGGAGUCCAGCUCCGAACAGUAGAGUCUGUACCAGAUAAGUGUAUUUAUGUGUUUUACAACAAUUAACACUUGUUACAUAUUGAACACUGUAAAAACGUUUUAAUUUGUAAGUAAAAUACUUUUUCAGUUUAUCUCUCUUGACAUCCUGAAUGUUCGGGUACAAUUUAAUGUUACAUUUAGUGAAUUUAUUCAUAACAUUUGUAUAUGGUUGAUAUUCAACCAUUCUGUCAGUACAAAUACUAUCACAGUGCUUUUGUAUCGAAGCAUACUUAUGUCUAGGUGAGAAUGAAGUGUAGUAUCAUGUAGUGUUUUACGAUUAGAGUUUAUGGAUAGAUGUUCACAUGCAUCGAUACAUUAGCAACACAGUAGCGGGUAUAAUAAGCAAACAUCCCACCGCUGGUUUAUAUAUACAAUUAUAUGUAUUUUUCAUUUGCAUGGCUGAGGCAAGGCCCUGUUUGUUGAAUUUCCUAACAGUGCUUAAUGGCUAUAAUUAUGGUUUUUGUCUUAUUUUGUUUAUUCAAUUUGUUAUGUCAUACUUGGAGAUCAUAUUUAACUUGAUCCCGACUACGUAGUGCAAAUUAUUUAAUGAAGGCAUAGAUAUGAAGACGAAGAUCUUUGGUAUCCUUUUUUACUGAAUAAAUUUGGUGUAGUGAGAAAUCUCGAUAAAGUUAGGCAAAUAUAUACAAAUGUGUAUAGUGUCAAAGAUCCUCUCUUCAUUUCUUUAAAUAUUUUUACCAUUGGGUUAUUUUUUGCGAUGUACUUAAAUCUAGCCUAGAUACAAUUUACACAACGGGGGUUACCGUUUCUGCACUCGCUCGUUGGCGAGUGGGUUUCUGUUCCCUUCGUGACAUUAAAAAAAAAUAACAUAAAAAGUGUUCCUCGGUACGUACAUGGGCUGGUGUAGUGUGACCCUCAUUAAAUGCUCACGCAAUUACCACUCUGGAUCUAAGUUAAAUAUUAAAAACCUAUUAUAAAUCAAUAAGUCAUUAAAUUACUGUUUUUAACAUAUGUUGAAUGUGAUUAACCCAGACAAAUUGGUCUGGAUAUAUAAAAUUAAUAGUCAGUGUGAAAGAAUUUUAGAUUGGCAAUGUUUGGUGUUGGUUGUGUCUGAAGAUCUCGAAUCGGAUAUUGGUUAGUCGAUGCGACUAAAUUCGUAUUAGUAGUGUAAGUUAUUAUAAUAACCACAAAAAACAAUGGAAGAUUGACCAUGCUGUGCUCGAUUGUUAUAAGAUUCUUACAAUUUCCCAUAUACAUUCCAAUACCUUUGAUUGAUGCAUUGAUUUUCCUAUAUUAUGUAUUAAAUAAUUGGAAGAUUUAGCAGAAAAUAAGUUAAACAAAUGCGAGCCAUACAGCGUUUAAGAACAGGGUUACUAUUACUAUAGCUAGCUAGCUUUACAUAAUGCAUAGGAUUGCAUUAGUUAUUUUUUUAAUUACAGGGGUAAAUUUGUUAAUUUAAUUUCAAUAUUUUGAAUAAUAAUUACCUACUGUGAAAUUUUCAGCUUUAGCAGAUAACUAAAAAAUAUAGGGAAAAGGUUUUUGUAUCAAUCAAAUCGUUUCAUAUUACUUCCGAAUAUGUGUUCAAAAGAUUUGCCUAGAUUGUAUUCACAAAACAAAUAGUCUUGCAAUAUUAAUCAAUUAGAAUAGAUGAAACUGUGAUAUGAAAUUUUCUAUGAAUUGAAAUAUUGAUCAAUUACGCACGGAUGUAUGUAUGAAAUAGUAUUAUAGAGAAUUAUGUUUAAAUCUGACUUGGUACCCUGUCCCGAGUAAUUCUGAAUAAAAAAGGUUCCUUCUAUUCUAAUUUGGGAUCGGGCACCAUGUCUCGUAACCAUUUUGCUGUAAGUAAUUGUGCUUAUAAUGUGAAAGGCGUGAUUCCUGCCUUGGGCGGUGAAUCAUUUUUCGAUAACAAACUGCUUUGCACAACUCGCUCGCCCUCAAAGUGAUUGUGUGAAACUUGAAUACGCUGGUAUUUAAACCUUACUUGUUGGAACCUUAGACCUAUGUAACGGUAAAUGUUUCGUUGAAUGAAUUUUUUUUUCCAUUCACAAAAUCUAGUUUUAAAUAAUGUGAUUUACAAUUUAGUGUAAAUCGAGCCAUUUAUUCUUGAAUGAAAGUUGUUAGAAUUAAUACAUGUAAUUUGUGGUGUUGUGGAAUGUUGAAUAAACUGCAGUGUCGACCACUGAAUUCAGAUGGAAUUAGUUGGAAAUUACUUAAAUUUAGCCCAAAAAUACUAAUCAAAAUCAUAUAAAACCGAAGGGUACAUAACAAAAUAAAGUAGGUGCUUUUGUAUACUGAUUUUUAAAUACAACAGUGCAAUUUUGUAAAUAAUAUAGAGUGAUUAGAUUUAAAUGUUUGCUUUUGUACUAAUAUAACAUAAUAAUGCAGUCAUACUGUAAAUUUAGAUGAAUUGAUCGUGUUUAUGAAUUUUGUAUUUAGUCACGGUAUUAAAUAUUUUUCAUAGCAUCAAAACAAAAUGUUACUCUUACUCAGAAUUUUUAAAUACAUUAGAUAUUUAGAAACCAUUUUUAUAACAUGAUAGACACAGUACAAUAGUUUUGUAAAGAAUUUUAGAAUUCGUUUGCGCGCCUUAUAAUCUUCCAAAAUAUAAGAAUAUUUAAAAACAGUUAUCAUUAGCCCAGUGUUAGCUUUUGCUAGCUUAAUUUUGUACAGUAAAAGUACUAGUAGAUAAUGUAUUUUUCCACUGCCAGUAUUUCAACAUCCAUGUAUAAAAUAAGAUUUCUAGAAUUUAAGGCGAAUAAAAUAGUGUUUAGUUACGUAGUGCUAUGUUUAAGAAUAAGUUGAAUGAUUUUUAAUAACAUUUUUGUAAUAAAAAUUAAAUGAGUA